AUGUCCAUCACGUCGGUGAUGCCAUCCAACCAUCUCAUCUUCUGUCGUCCCAUUCUCCUCCCGCCUUCAAUCUUUCUCAGCAUCAGGAUCUUUUCCAAUGAGUCGGUUCUUCACAUCAGGUGGCCAAAGUACUGGAGUUUCAGCUUCAGCAUCAGUCCUUCCAAUGAAUAUUUAGGACUGAUUUUCCUUAGGAUUGACUGGUUGGAUCUCCUUGCUGUCCAAGGGAGUCGCAAGAGUCUUCUCCAAAACCACAGCUCACUAAGAGCAAUAUUAGUGCUACGGUCUCUUCAAGCCGUAUAA